UUUUCAGCCUCUUUAGACAAAAUUGUAGCUGAAGAUUCAAGUGAAAUUAAAAUAUACGAAACUGUAUGAGAACAGUCAGGCAUUUGUUGUACUCUUUGUUUCUUCUUUCAGUUUAAGAAUGAAAACGUGGAAGAAACUUUAGAUGGAAUCAAUGCAAUUCUCGAUAAAAGAGGUAUUAAUAUGGAAGGGGAUCUUUUAACUGUGGUUGAUAUUCUGAAUGAAACCAGAGCGUUGUUUGAAGAACAGACUGAGAAUUUGUCUAACAAAAACAAAAAGACAACAGCCAUUUCAAUCACAGAUAAAGUCAUAGACAUCUCUAGUGACUUAUUAGAUAUGGAUAAUGCAUGGAAGAACACUACAAAUAAGACUCUAGCAGCUACUAGGUUCCUGUCUACUGUUGAAAAAGCUGGAUAUCUCUUAACACCUCUCUUAACGACCAGUGAAAACAAGUUCAUUGUUAAGGAUAACAUAGCUUUACAAGUUUUACGACGUCCACGAGGUCACUUUCGACAUAAAAAUUUAAUACUUGGUAUAGUUACACGUUCUUCUCAGAAAUAUCGAACGCAAGUUACACUACCUAGUGGCUUUGAGGAGUACUUAGAAAGAAAAAAUGAAACGCACGUGGUGUUUGUUGAGUAUAGCAGUAGUUUGAAGCAAAUUCUAACUGUUGAAGAAAAUUUCAGUAGAACAAACCUGAAUAUUACCAACAAAACAACCUUGAACUCGCCAGUAGUCAGUGUCAGUCUAAAGGAAACUCCAGGUCAAAUUCUCAUACCGACUGGAGUUAAAAUAUUGCUGGAACAUGAUCAAGUCGACGCCAAAUCACCACAGUGCACAUUUUGGAAUUCUGCCGAAGGCGGUUACUGGGACGACAGUGGUUGUCGUGUGUCUUACACCAACAAGACUCAUACUCUUUGUAUCUGUGACCACCUGACUAGCUUUGCCAUUCUGAUGGAUAUUCAAGGACGUGUGCAAGCAGAAAAUCACAUGGCCUUGAAGAUUAUUUCUGCGAUAUGUUGCACAAUUUCCAUUAUUUGUUUAGGACUAUGCAUUAUCACCUUUACAUUUAUUAGAUCUCUCUGGGGAUUGAGGAACACAAUUCAUCUCAAUUUGUGCAUCUGUUUGAUGAUCGGCGAGCUUCUCCUAGUGUUUGGUAUAGACAAAACCCAGCACAUGGUGGUGUGCUCUGUCAUCGCGGGAUUUUUACACUAUUUCUUUUUGGCAUCAUUUGUGUGGAUGAUGCUAGAAGGAGUUUAUAUAUAUUUGUUGAUAGUCAUUAUAUUUGAAACUCAGCGAACCUACAAAAUACGAUACUACUUAGCAGGUUACGGUAUUCCGUUAAUAAUAGUGGGGAUAACAGCUGUUUCCAAAUCUCAAAGUUACAGAACGACAAAUAACUGCUGGUUGAACCCAGAAAAUGGAGUUAUCUGGAGCUUUGCUGGACCUGCAGCUUUUAUCCUGUUGACAAACUUCACUGUUUUGGUUAUUGCCUUAAGGAAGAUAACAAAAAAUAGUAUAGCCAACAAGGACAGCAAAGCUGAUAAAAUACGAAAAUGGAUAAGAGGGUCUUUUGCUAUAACACCUUUGUUAGGUCUUACAUGGUUAGUUGGUUUUCUGCAAGUUGGAGAUGGGGCGCUAGUGGCAUCUUAUAUCUUCACUGUGCUUAAUUCCCUACAGGGUGUAGCUAUUUUUGUAAUACUGUGCUUAGUCAAUGGAAAUACCAGGAAGCAAUUGAAGAAAGAAAUAAAGAUACGAACAAGCAGUGCUUCAAACCCUUACUUUUCCACCGAAAACUCUAAGAACGUGUGUAGUCACAACAUACAGAAACCGACGAAUCAAGAUCCAAAUGACGUGCCUGUGAAGUAUACCAUCUACGAUCCUGUAAGCAGAUCUGAAAAUACUUGCGAACCAGCAGAAACUACGCCUUUAGAAAAACGUGGAUUUAGCGUGGAGUUACCAACAACGAAUCCUGAUAUCACGGAAACAGGAGAACCACUCAAGGAAAUUACAACAGACGACAUUAUUAUCAAAGGUCAUUUGUGUUCUAUACAAUCAAAUACUUGAAAUGUCCAAACCUGAUUGCUUUUUUAUAUGCAAAGCAAAAUAUAUUUUAUGAAAGUAAUUAUGACCAACAACAUUCCAAUAUCUAUUGUAUUGCUUACCAAUUUUUUUAACAUAAUAAAUUGUAACUUCGUGAGAUAAAGAACAAUAAAUAGCUUAUUUUGCCUCCUCCUCCCCAGUGACACAGCGGUAAGCC